UCCACCUCUGUAAACCCCUCUCUUCUAUAACAAGACAACCUCUCCUUUAUGUCAGGGAUAUGGUUCCUCAGGCAUGUUUCCAAGCCUUGUCCAGACUAACAUUGAUGCCGUGUACCUACUCAGUAGGAAAGUGAAAAAGCCAAAGUUCAGAGCCAUCAGGAGUUCUCCUGAUGACGGCAAGUCGGUCUACAACUACAGUUCUCAGAAUCUGAAUUCUGCAGAACGGGCAAAGAUGCAACUUCGUAAAGAGCUGGCAAAGAAACCAGAGAGGAGAUUCGCUUAUUGCCACGAAUACCUGUCAGCCAUGUUUGAUCCUGUGGAUUUGGACACUGUCCGCAAAGAAUCUAUUGCAAAAUCCAAGAAUUUGUGGGUAUCACCAAGUGGGUUUGUAUGUCCUGGAUUUAAGAGCUGCAUUGAAUCCAAUCUGCACCCUCGGAUGCCUGAUGAGACACGUUUGAAGGAGUUAACUGAGAAAUGGCAGGAGAACCUUCUGUUUGCUAACAUUUUGGAGCCAGUGCUGAGUCGUGACAGAUGGAGUUGGGACCAGCGUCAUAUAGAUUUUGAUCUUUACAAGAAGCCACCUGUUUACCUCCCAGCAUCAGCUCCUGCUACUCAUCGGGCAGUGGACACUUGGCUACAUGAAGACUCUGGUCAGCUUCAGAAAACUGUAUUUGAUGACACCAAGCUGAAAGUUUACAGGUGCUCCACAGCAGCCGAGCUAACCCCACGUGGCCCAAAAGCCAGUGCCCAGCUAGACAAACUACAGGGACUUCUCAAAGAUGAACCAGAGAAAUUCUCACUUAAGAGACCAGCCAUGAUCCUGCGGCCUAUCCCAGCACUGUCCGUGUUGCAGCAUAUACCUGCCUGUGGCAGUUACCCAGACCUGACCAGAAAGAGGAGCACCACCCAUGGAUUUGUUCCAGGUCUUGAAGACCAGCACAGUUUGAAGUGGAAUGGGAAUAUAGUCCCCUGCCAUGACAUGGAACACAGAAAGUUUGAAAAGCUGAAAGGAGCCGACUUCAAUUUACUUUGUUAUGAACAUUCCUUUCUUUACAAGAGGAAAAGACCAGAGAAGGGAGGGGAGGAUACAACCCUUCUGCUACAGCAAGAUGCCACUCAACAGUCAGGCCAAGAGCAUGGAAACAUUGGAUUGUCUGUUGUGUGGACUGAAUGGCUUCUUGGAGGGUCCUGGCUUUGAAAAGGCAGCUGUCAAGGUAAGUAAAAAUUAUG